AUGGCCACCCACGCACCCCUCCCCGCGCGGCCCAUCACCAGUCCCGGCCAAAUCUUUAUCUACGGCCAUCCCUCUCCUACAAAUUCCGCCAGCAAUACUCCUGCGAAUAGCUCGCCCACAUCACCACAGAUGAGCACGGCCACCACCAGCCGGCCCGCGCAGUCUCGCCAGAUCCGUCCUCCCAAGGCGCCGUUGUAUGUCCCCGCUGUGUUGCGUCCGACCGAGCGUCCAGCAAAAUCUCAAAAUCACGCAACAAAAAACAGCUCUCCCAUCACGCCGCCUCGUAGUGUCCAUGGCUCGCUGGACAGUCUGAACGAAGACCCGGCUCUAGAUGACGACCAGCAAAUCACCAUCCACACACCGAGGAGUGCCGUGAGCAAGGUAGCCGAGGACGCAUGGAAAAAGGGCGAACGGCUAGGCGAGGUAACGGGAGUUCCGACACGCGACCACUGGAAGGCGGACUCUGCUUCACAUGUCUGCGACUCGCCCACGUGUCGUUCCUCCUUUGGCAUUUUCACUCGCCGUCAUCACUGCCGCCACUGCGGACACGUCUUUUGCUCGACCCAUACCCCCUACGUGGUACCUCUAGAUCAGAAUGCGCGUUUCCAUCCGGAAGGCAGUCCCUCUCGGUCUUGUGACCAAUGCUACAAGGCCUACCAGCGCUGGGAAGACAGCCGGGCCGCUGGCAUGAAUCGCAUCCAACAGAAACUGGAUGCCCGCGACCCUCAAAUUCAGUUUACACAUGAAGAGGACGCUGAUGAUACCUCCGAGGUUCCUCAUCGCCAGACAGAAUUCACCAUUGCUAGCAGCGUUCCUCGCGAUUGGAACUGGAGCACAUUCUAG